AUGGCGACUGCCAUCCUCUCCUGCAUCCCGGGGAUCCCUGCACAGCUUCAGGUUCCAGAUCCUGCUCGAGCGACUGCGGUGGCCUUUGAGUUCACUUGUCAGGGUGCCCCUAGCAAGGUCCUUUUCGUUUCUCUUUAUGGGCAUGCUUGGGAUAAACAGCUUGCCACUGAUCAUGCUUUUGCUGUGGCCAGCGCGUGCACAGCUUGUGCCACGAACUGGCUGGCUUUGGGUGACUUCAAUGUCGAGGAGGAGGAGAUGGCCACGCGGCUGGUUGGGGCGCAGCACAGGAGCCUCGACGAGCCGUUCUUGUGUGAAGGACCCCUCCCUCCUACUUCUGCAGGAGGUCGGAGAAUCGACUUUGGAUGGGGGUCCUGGAGCAUGCCCGCGAUCGAGCUCUCGUCUGCGCCCGGUGUGGCGGACCACACUGCUGUCAUGUACGGCUUCGACCUUGGGCUCCACUCGGGCUGCCUUGGUCCUCCUCGUGUUCGUUGUGGUGAUCUCUUGGAGGCUGAGGUGUCCAAGGAGGCAUGGUGCGCUGUCUGGGAGGAGCACAGGCCUGCCUUUGCGCAGGCGCUGCACGAUACUGAUGUGGAUGCGGCCUGGGGCCUUUUGUCUUCCACUGCUGAGGCUUUGCUUGCGGGUGGGGGCGUUGCAGCGGCUACUGGUUCGACUGCAGGCCACCCUCGGCAUGAACUCUGGAAGCCGCGUCGCUCUGCAAAGGCUCAUAAAGCUGCUUGGGUGCAUGAGGGCUUGCUGCUCACGACGCUGCGCCGCCUCCUUCGACGGCUCCUGCAUCUUCGGCGUGCUCCCGGUGACCUUCGGCUCGUGACUAAGAUCAGAAGUGCUCUGCUGUGGCUGGUGGAUGCCUUCCCUCAGGUUCAUCCUUUCCUGGAGGAUUGCAGCGGCGACGCGGCCAUUGCCGUUGUGGAGUCCCUCAUCACUGCGGAGGUCAGCCAGCAGAAGACCUUGGCGUUGCGCAAAUGGCGCAACGAGGUCGAGGGCGAUGUGGCGGCCCAGCGUGCAUGGAUCAAGCGACGUGCUCGUGUUGAGGUCGAUGCCGCGUGCCCGGCCCAGCCGCCAGUGGAGGCGAUGAGGCGCGCUGCUCAUCCUGCGGUGGUGGUGGAUGCGGCCGCUCUUGAGUGGGGCGCUCGCUGGACUCGACCACCUUCGGUGCCAAUCGCUGCUGCUUAUAGGAUCUUCGAGGCGGUACCCCAGCGCCCUGCUUCGCGACUUGACUUGCGCUGCACUGGUCAGGAGCUCCGGGCAAUCAACAAGGCAAUGCUUGGGAAGUCGGCGGGGCCUGAUUCCUGGACUCCCGAGAUGUUCGCGAUGCUCCCGGACCCUUUCUGGAAUUGCUUCGCGGAGCUGUGGCUUACCAUUGCGUCCUCUGCAAAGGUACCUGCCAUGUGGAGGCGGGCUCGGGUCGCGCUGUUGGACAAACCUCGUGGAGGAUUUCGGCCGCUGAGCAUCCUGUGUUUGGGCUGGAGGGUGGGAGCCAAAUGGUUCCUUUCUCACUUGGGCACCUGGGUCGGCUCGUGGGCUGACCACAUGACGCUUGGUGGGCUGCGUGGACGGUGUGCUAAGGACCUGCUUGCUCAGCUGCUGGCUGCCGCUGAGGAUGACCAGCACGUCAUUGCGCAGGACCUUGAAAAGUACUUCGACGGCAUCCUCAUCGACCACCUCGAGGUUGCUUUGCUGCGCCUCGGAGCCCCGCCAGAGCUCCUCGCGCUGACUCGGGCUAUGUACGGUGAUCAUUGGAGAGUUUUCUCCCGUGACGGCAUUCUCGGAGAUCGCUGGAUACGAUGCUCCCGUGGCAUAGCCAAACGUCGCAGUGAUGAGUAUGACGCCGCUCUGCUCUUUCGCUGUGACCCGAAGAAGUGCGGUUUGGCCUCGUCUUCGAGUUGUGCUGAGGGCCCCAGACUGGCUGCACAGUUGGGGUAUGAACACAAACCUCAGUUGGAGGCUUUGGGCAUCGUCAUCGACUUCGAGAAGGCCGUGGCACCGUCGCUUGCCAGGUUCUCCCUUGUGAGUGCCAGGCGCAGGCUCAGACUGAUCCGCUGUGUGGCGUGCUACCUCCAGCACCGGAGGAUGCACAUCAAAUCCAUGGUGACGCCUCUCUUUUCGUGGGCAGGGGCUUUCGCGAUCAUUCCUGAGGCUGAUGCGCUUGCCCUGCGGAGGGAAGCCCUGUUCUUCGGCAAAGAGCUCUUGGUUGACACGCCUCCUUGCGUGCUCUUGGAGGUCCUUGGCUGGCAGUGUGACCCUGUCUUCCAGCGCCACUGGGCCGUCCUCGCUGAGGUGCUUCGGCUUCAUGGGCAGCUUCGUGCUUGGCAAGAGACGGCGGCCCUAGAAGUCGCCUUGCGCCCUUGGCAUAGGCUGCUGCCUUCGGCGGUCGCAGUGUUGGGCGAGCUUAGCUGGUGGACGCGAGAUGGCUCCGAGAUCUCUCGCACAGAUGCUCAGGGUUGCCGUAGAAACUUCAGGCUCAACGUUGACAGCCCUUCGGUGCUCCACCAAUGGCUCGUGGACUGGCAUAGGCGCCGCGCCCUUCAGCUUUGUGGUCGGGUUGCCAGGAGCUACCAUAGGCAUGGUGUCCACUUGGCUCGUGGCCUUGCCCUUCCUGGUGUGCCCGACGGUUCGCUGGCUCUGUUUCAGGGGCACGUGCGCUACUUUGAGGAGUUCCACCGGCCUGCAAAGCAUGCUGCCCUGGUGACUGGGUGCUCUACUUGGUGGCUGCAGGCUCGUCAUGGUCUUCAGCUUCCGGUCACUUGUCAAUGUGGUCUUCAGGAGCCCAGCCGGCCUCACUUGCUAUGGUCCUGCCAGCACACCAGACAGUUGGGCCCUCCUGGGGCUCCUACCAACCGUGUCGAGGAGAGAUUGCUGGCCAAGAUCGUCGAGGAGAUGCCUGCGCCACCGUUGGUGUUGGACGUUCCCGACUUCGUCGAGUCGUUGGCGGAGGUGAUCGGCCGUUUACCUGAGGAUCCGCAAGGUCACCUGCUUGCUACGGACGGCUCAGCGAUCACGGAGGUUGCUUCAGCUGCCAUCGCCUUCUUGGAUGGCCCCACUUUGGGCUUAGGGUUGCCAGGUGAGGACCAAACGCCGUACCGUGCUGAGGUCCAAGCUUUGCUCUGGCUCUACGAGGCGCUCCUCUGUGCUCGGCGCAAAGGGCUCUACUUUGUUGUCGUCGAUUGCAUGUCUGCCAUUGACGCUGUACAUGGUCAUGGACGUUUGGCCAAGAUCCUUGACCAAUUUGCAGGGAUGCAGGCUGCUCUCGAUAGCCAUGGUGUUAGGGUUGUUUUGCACUGGACGCCUUCCCACGGGAAGAAGGCUCCCGACACCUGGCGACCUCCUGGACAGUUUUCUGAAGCUACGGUGCGCCUCCUGAAUCACCGGGCUGACCUCGAGGCUCGCCGCAUUGCUAUGCGAAGGGCACAGGGUUCUGGUAGGCGUCCCACUGUGCCUGAGGCUCUUUUGGCGGCUCCCUUCGGUGAGCUUCUCCUUGACGGCGUCUUUGUCUUCGGGCUUGCGGCCUCUGGUGCAAAGACGACGGCACGUACUGUUGACCAGUGUGGCUCCUUGGUUCUCUUCGCCUACGGCUUCGAGUUCCUGGCUGGGCUGCACUGGCGGCUCCCUUCGGAGCCCUUGCUCUUCUUUGACUGCGUCUUCGCCCUGGCGUCCGGCCUUCGGCGCAAAGACGACGGCAC